CCUACUUCAUUAGAAAGCACUUCCUUUCUGAAUGUUCGGCCAUGUUUUGAAGCGCAUUUUUCUUUCAGAAAUAGCUGUAUUUCUACUUGUGCCUUUAAACGAAAGUGUUUGUAUACAUUUGCACAGUGGUUGUCACUUAAGAACUAACGACAAAAUUGGUAUACAGCAAAGACAGCAUGAUACGUACGCAAUUUUACUAGGCAGCAGUAUACAAAUUGCAAAUACGUAAACGCAGCAGGGAAUAAUUUGUAGGUUCGGUCCAUAUUCCCAUAAUCAACUCGUCCAGCAAACGUACGAGUAAAAUGAGGAAGAAGCAGAAUGUCAGGAACAGAAGAUCUGAGGAGGCUCCUGUGGUUCAAGAAUUUGUUGUGGAGAAGAUCAUAGAAAGGCGUGUUGUAGAGGGGAAAGUUGAAUUCUACCUGAAGUGGAAGGGAUUUACAGAUGCUGAUAAUACUUGGGAGCCUGAAGAAAAUCUGGACUGCCCAGAGCUCAUUGAAGAAUUCUUGAAAACCCUGAACAUCUCGCCGGAGAUAGACAAGGCCAGUAACCAACAACUGGUGGAGGAGAAUGAAGUGGAAGAAAGCAGUAAGGAGUGCCAGGCAGAUGAAUCCCAGGAGGCCAAUGAGAGUGAGGAGGCCGACCAGCCAACAGGGUUUGCCAGUGGAUUUGAACCAGAGCGCAUCAUUGGAUCGACAGACAGCAGAGGGGAGUUAAUGUUCCUGAUGAAAUGGAAGGACUCAGAGGAGGUAGAGUUAGUGCCAGCCAGAGAAGCCAGUGUAAAAUGUCCUCAAGUUGUAAUUGCUUUCUACGAGGAUAAACUUACUUGGCAUUCAUGCCCUGAAGAUGAACAACAAUAGAACCCUCCUUCUUGGCAGCACUGAAAGGUUUCACAGGAGAACAUUGCUUGAUAUAUUCAAAAUGAGGGCAGCUCUACUACUUUGACAAGUGCUCUAUGGUAGUGGUACUCAACUCUGGUCUCAAGAUCAAUUCCAGGCCUGGUCUUUAUUCCAACCUCUUAGCAGCUUCAAUUAACUACAUUAGAACCUGCUGGGAGUAAAAGCCUGGACUGGAUUCGGUCUUGAGGGCCACUGCUCUAUGGGAUAUUUGACCUUGUUUAAUAAUGAAAACAUGUAUUUAUUUAUUCCAUUAGGAUCCUUUACAUUAAGUAGCUGUCUCCUUGGCUGAUGCAUUUCCCUUACUUAAUAUGUAUCUUACUACAUCAGAGGUAUUACUUGUCUAAAUAUUGCGUUAUAUUAAUGAUGAUGACAUUUUCUGUUAGUCACAAUUAGUAUUCUUUAGUACUGUCCUGCAUUAUCUCCAUUUUUGUUACCUUAUUGUAAAAAAACAAAAAGUUCCUGUAAAUUUACCAGUGAGGUUCAUCACAAGAAAUAUUAGUUAAAUGUAAUAUUUUGUACCUAAUUAGUAAUCACAUUUUACAUUGUGAAUUUUUAUUUAUUUAUUUUUUAAUUAUUAUUCAACACUAAAAAAGAAACCUCAGCUACAUAGGGUCUAAAUCUGUUGCCCAAAACUAGACAGUUCUGUGCUUGACUAAAAACAUUAAAUACAUAACAUUUCCCAAGUUGUGCAUAAUGAUAGUUCGUCUCUUGCAGUCUUUAAAUGUCUGUGAUUUUACCUUGUUGUAUGAAAUAUCUGGAAAACUACAUUUUUUUUUUUUUUUUUAAAUAAAGAAUAUGCUUCAAAAGGCCAGAUGCUCAAUAUGUUCUAUUGUCCAAUUCUCCCCCUGGAAAUAGUUUUAUAUGAAACAGAAUAUAUAUCCUACUUCUUUAAAAUAAUUAUGUACUGUAUGAAGCAAUUAUUAACACCUGUGUAAGAUUUUAAAGCUUUAUAUUAAAUUGUAAUAAUUUCUGUGUACUACUUUGGAUGGCAGGGCGACAGGAGAUCAUUGAUGUUCUCUGCCUGUUUGUCUAGAAGAGACAGGGUGAGAUUGGGCUCUUUUGUAGUUCAAAGUGCCCUUUUGUUUUGUAAGUGCUGUUAAACAUAGCUGCUACCUGACAGAGACCGGUUCUCAUAAGAUAAGGUUUCGAGUUGGGCUGAUGGAAGGAAGGGGAGGGUUAGCUGUUAUUGUGUAUAUUAACUCUGUACAGCUGCAUGUCUGGACUCAGUCAACAUUUGUUCCUCAAGAUAGCAUGCUGCACUUCAGUAAAAGUAACAUAGACCCUGUUCACACUACCCAGGGCCACCUCAGGUCUGCCGCAUAUUUAGGACUGCAACCCUGUUCGCAUUUGUGGUCAAGGUGCCUUUGAGUGUUCACAUAUGUGAUUGAAAAGCAGGCCUAAAAUGUGGCAUAUUGUUUUUUUGUUAUGGAAUGAUAGAAGCCUGACACU